CAAACAGCAUCCAAUCAGAGUUAGUCUGACGUAAUCAUAAAAAAAGAGAAUGAAAAUUUGCAUACAUCUCUGGCCAGACCAUUAAAAACCGACACAAAAUACGUUUCCUUCACAUCAGCCUGCGAAAUGCCUGAGGUUGCUAAGUCCGCGCCCAAGAAGGGCUCUAAGAAAGCCGUGACCAAGACCGCUGUGAAGGGCGGAAAGAAGCGCAGAAAGAGUAGGAAGGAAAGCUAUGCCAUCUACGUGUACAAGGUGCUGAAGCAAGUCCACCCUGACACUGGCAUCUCUUCUAAAGCUAUGGGGAUCAUGAACUCGUUUGUCAACGACAUUUUCGAGCGAAUUGCUGGUGAGUCUUCUCGUUUGGCUCACUACAACAAGCGUUCUACCAUCACUUCAAGGGAGAUUCAGACCGCCGUGCGCCUGCUGCUGCCAGGCGAGCUGGCCAAACACGCAGUGUCUGAGGGAACAAAGGCUGUCACGAAGUACACCAGCUCCAAGUAAACUAGCGCAAUACUACUUAACCAAAGGCUCUUUUAAGAGCCACCCACAUUGUCCACAAAAGGCAAAAAUUCAUGAACUCUUUCUAAAAAUGAUAGAGAAGUAGAUUAACCAGAUUCAGUCCCCGUGUUUAAUGCGGGCGAGGCUUCUAGGUAUUCUGAAAGGGGUUAGAAUCUAGGAGGUGCGUGCGUCAAAAUGGCACUUCCUCGUUUAAAACCUUAAUACAAGCAUGUCAGCGGCACCUAGUGUCCUGGCGUAGUUUUUCCUACAAAUCGGUCUUCAUUUGUCAUGUGCGCUGGCAGAGUAGUAGUCAUUUACGGAAAUUCACUUUUAUCCAGAAUUGUGUUUCGCUGAUUGUGCGAAUUAUGAGUACCGGAAAUGACUGCCUUAGUUGAUUACGCAUUAGGGUCCGUCAAAUGUGUGGUUUCUGGCUAAAAGCGCGUUGUUUGUUCAUAUCGCGUUAACAAAUACACAGUUCUCCGGUCCGACUUUGUUUCGUACUGCCGGCAUUUUUCUUGUAAUUGAGAAUCACUGAGCUUACUCUUGACUGAAUGUAAUGUGAUUUUGUGUUUCAAUUUGUUUUUGUUUUUCUUGAUCAUCUUAAUCAGAUGCCCAAAUUCAUCAACUGGUUUCUUACAAUGUGGAGGAGCAGUGGCUCAACUAAGAUUUUACCGAUAGUUUACCAAUAUGUUUAUUCAUUUAAAAAAAUACAGUAAAUAUUUCUACAGUACAUUGUGACAACCUCCUGUCAAAACAAUUUAUUUUCAAGAUCAUUGGCUACUGGCUGUUGUAGGUUCAUGUCUAGCACCAUGGGAACCACCUGCGCCUUACACUUGAAAGGGCAAUAAUAAAAAUAUAACAUUCUCCUGA